CUGGACACUGAAACAUUGACUUUGAGAUACAAGCUUGGUUUUGACAUAUGUUACAGAGUUGUGCCAGUGGCUUUGGGAACAGCUCGUCCCAUGUCCCUGGCCCUUGUCGUUUUGGAAUUAUGACCUUCCUAAAUUCACAGGUCAAGAGGUCACACUGGCUUCCCCACACACUCUUUUUGGCUCUCCUUUAGCCAUACAAUGGGCUAGAGAUGUGCAACCACUUCCGGCCGAGAGCCGGCAACCCGCCGAUAGCUGGUCUAAAGUUUUGUCCGUCUGGUCCCCUGAGAAGGGUCUCAACACGGAGACAAAUUCAGCUAGGGUUGCCUGCUUUAAUAUAUAUUAGAUUAUGGAAGCACACAGUAGAUAUAAAAAGGUUUAAAUAUGGAAGUAAGCAUUUUUAUCCAUUAAAGCUGAAGUAGUUGAGGGAAAAGAAUGCUAACCCACUUUUGCAUUACUGUAAUGGAGGCCUUCCAGGCGCACCCUGGCCCGUGUCUCUAUCUCCUUCCGAGGCAGAGUUUGAACCAGAAGGGCGCCACCUAGCCGGCGCUGACAUAUGUAACAGUGCUCUUGGAGAGCUUUCCAACGGUCUCCGUCCCUCAUCCCUCGCUGCUUCCGUUAAAGAGAUAUAGCGCUUAACGAGGUGAAAAAUCCGAACAUUUGGCGCCCCCUACCUCCGGACAGAAAGGUCCUGCGGCUUUGCUUCGAAGACCGCGUGGCACUGCUCACGGAGACCUUUCCGACGAUGCCUGGCUUGUGGCUCUCCGACCUAGUGUGGCCGAGAUGGCUUCUCACACACACUUUAGCAGGAUGGCCUGAAAGGCCUCAAAUCCCACAGGCCUGGCUGCAGUCAAAAAGCCACUGGGCACCGAAACAUUGACUUUGAGAUACAAGCUUGGUUUUGACAUAUGUUACAGAGUUGUGCCAGUGGCUUUGGGAACAGCUCGUCCCAUGUCCCUGGCCCUUGGCAUUCCCAAGUGAUGGCCUUCCAAAGGCUAAAGGUCAAUAGGUCCCUUUGGAAAUUUUUGCAUGCUAUAUCUGGGGCCUGUUCAGCUAUACAAUGAGAUAGAGACUUGCAGCCUUUUCGGUGUGAUUCCUGGCAUCCCUCCGAUGAAGUGUGUUGAUUUUGGUCCCGCUUGCCCCAUGGGAAGGACCUCCAAAGGGGUCCCAAAGUCAGAGGGGUUCGCCUGCUUUGUGUAGAUUAGAUUAUGGAAGCAUACAGUAGAUGGAAAUAUGGAAGUAAGCAUUUUCAUCCAUUAAAGCUGAAGUAGUUGAGGGAAAGCUCAAGUUCACUGUACCAUAAUGGGACUCAGACACAAACCCAGAGAGACCAAAGAGAAAACAGAGAAUCAAGUAAAACCACAGGGGAAAGGGGAAACAGCUGAAACAUAACCAUUGAUAUAAAAGCACAGAUCACAACUAAGAUAUUCCAAAUUCUCAUCUACAGCAUUGGCCAUAGACGAGAAUCUGGAAUUUCCAAAUUUUCAUCUAUGACCCAUGGCGUAGAUGAGAAUACCAAGAAGACAGUUCCCAUAAUCCUUUGGCAUGACACAGAGGUUAUAGGUCAGUACCAGCCAUAUUGACGUGAGCUCCAUGAAUACUCCAUCGGCAUGGUAUGUUGGUCUCUUAAAACCACAAAUUUCAAUGGUUUUUAGCCCACCUGAACAGUUCCAACUCAUUUGUAGUGUCUUAGAAAGAGUUUAGGGACAAUUUGACAUGAUGUUAGAUUGAAGUUUUUAGUUGAAGUUUUACUUUUUUCAUGAGUUUUUCGUUUUGCUAUUUAACAUGCUAAAGUGCUAGCGUGGCUAGUGUGUAGAUUGGAAUUUGGGUCGAUUGCAUUGUCUUCCACAUUUUCUUAUAAAAUAGUCAUUUCAACAGUUACAAUUCCGAAUUUUAACACAAUUUUGUUCCUUUCAAAUGUUGACUUUUGGUCCAUGAUGUUAGAUUAAAGUUUUUACUUGAAGUUUUACUUUUUUCAUGGGUUUUUCGUUUUGCUAUUUAACAUGCUAAAGUGCUAGCGUGGCUAGUGUGUAGAUUGGAAUUUGGGUCGAUUGCAUUGUCUUCCACAUUUUCUUAUAAAAUAGUCAUUUCAACAGUUACAAUUCCGAAUUUUAACACAAUUUUGUUCCUUUCAAAUGUUGACUUUUGGUCCUUGAUGUUAGAUUAAAGUUUUUACUUGAAGUUUUACUUUUUUCAUGGGUUUUUCGUUUUGCUAUUUAACAUGCUAAAGUGCUAGCGUGGCUAGUGUGUAGAUUGGAAUUUGGGUCGAUUGCAUUGUCUUCCACAUUUUCAUCUAAAAUAGUCGUUUAAAAAGUUACAAUUCCGAAUUUUAACACCAUUUUGUUCCUUUCAAAUGUUGACUUUUGGUCCAUGUCUUGCUUGCAGGUACCCAUCCCCAGAUCAUUAGUCUUUAAACUGCGUCCUCAAAGAACCCACAUCUCCAGGUUCAGGUUUUGGCGCUACUGCAUGAUAGUCUCAAUUUUGCUUUUGUCUUUACUACGCUCUCAUGGUCUCCAGAUACAUUUAAGCUCAAAGUCACCAAAAUUUGCAGCAGUGGGAGACACUGCACAGCGCAGCUGUCACUUCAACCUUCAUCCCAAGGACUCAGGAGUUCUCGAUAUUGAAUGGAGCAUCAAGCCUUGUCAAACACUUGUCAUCUGGUAUAGUGGAGAUCGGAUCUAUGACAACUAUAAUCCAUUCGGCCGUAGAGUUUGCUUUGUGUCUCCUGAUCCUGCCAGUGGCAAUGCGUCUAUAAACAUCAGUAACUUGAAAAUGACAGACACAAACACCUACCAGUGCAAGGUCAGAAAAGGUCCUGCUGCAAUCAAGAGCAGAAUCAUUCACCUUAAUGCAAUAAAGAGACCAGCUAAGCUUGAGUGUUACGCAGAGGAUGCAGUUGAGUUGAAUCGCAAACUGGCAUUCAGAUGUAGGGCCGCAAAGGGAAGCCCCCCCAUCUGGUACUCAUGGUCCAUGAACGGCACACGCAGACUCCCCCACGAUGCCACUUUUGACCCCACACGAGGUGACCUGGUUUUAACAAUCAGCAAGGAAAUUCUUUCUUCGGGGACCUUGGUCUGCACAGCUCAUAACCCUGUUGGUAUGAAGACAUGUCUGGUAGCACUCAGGUUGAACUCAACAGGUGGAAUAACUUCAGCAGCAGCCACAGCAGGCAAAGCAGCCGGAGCAGUCACAUUGCUCAUGGUCUUAAUCAUCCUCACAGCCGUCAUUAUUUUCAGACGUAAAAGAGGAAAGAAAGGGGAUUAUGGAAAUGAGAUCGCAGAGGGUGAACCGCCUCCCCGAAAAUGGCUGUCCAAAAAGAGUCACCGGGUUGUGUCUUCAAGCACUGCCUCAUGUGCAAGACAGGAACUCAAGGUCCAGAUGCAGGGGAACCGAAAACAAAAGAACUCAGAUGCUGCAGAUCACCCACUCUACGUGGAAAUGAAAGAUCUGGAUGUGGGCGGGGUGAUGUGGGAUCCCUUUAAGUGUCAUCAGCUGGUGAGAUAUUCCAGGAACCUCAGCUGCCAGGAUGAGUCACCUGCUGCUGGCACGUGAGACUUCCAGCGAGCAUUUUCCUGGUGGAAUCCUUUACAUCCUUUUACAGGCCUCCUCCACCAGGUAGCCACUUCCCCUGCUUCUCGGUCUCAGAACUUUUUUUCCACUGGCUAGCUCUUUUUUAGAUUCUGUUUGAUGGGUCCUGAUAUUCAAGUGUUUAGUUAUUUUCAGUUUCAGGAGGAAUCUUAAACCUUCAGGCAAAUCCUUAAUGUGGGGUUAAUGUUGUUUUUUAUGAAGAGGUUACCCCCUGAGUCAAACUCUGCAGAAACCAUAGCCAUAGAGAAGAGUCUUUGUUUUCCAAAUUUGAUUUCCAGCAUUCAAUGUUAUAUAACAUGUUAAGUAAAAUAAAUGUUUCUAGUAGAUAGUUA